AUGUCUGUUUUCAAUGCAAAAGUGACUUCUACCGAGCCCCUCUCCAAGGAGGAAGCUCGCUGGAUCAAACUCUCCAAAAUCACAUACCGUGAUCCAACAGGGACACCUCGAACCUGGGAAUCAGCCGAGCGUCUCACACGUCCCAAGACUGCCGACAUCGACGGCGUCGGCAUCGUAGCCAUCCUGCCCCUCGCCACGGGCCCCGAACUCAUCCUCCAGAAACAAUACCGCCCUCCCAUCGACGCUGUAACAAUCGAAGUACCAGCCGGGCUGAUCGACGAGGGCGAGACCCCCGAAGAAUGCGCCAUCCGCGAACUCCGCGAGGAGACGGGCUACAUCGGUGUGGCCAUUGAGACGUCGCCCAUGAUGUUUAAUGAUCCGGGGUUUUGCAACACGAACUUGAAGAUGGUGCAUGUCAGUGUUGAUAUGGAAUUACCUGCGAAUAAGGACUUGAAGCCGGAGUUGGAGGAGGGCGAGUUUAUUGAGAACGAAAAGUUAUGA